AUGAACACGUUUCUGGGAUUUGGAAGGGAACACAUUGAAAGGCAUUACCGGAAAACAGGACAGUGCGUAUAUUUGCAUCUGAAACGACACGUGAUAGAGGUACCAGGAGCAUCUGGUGGAGCUUUACCAAAAAGGAGGAAUGCUAAGCUAUUUUUAGAUCUAGAGACACAUGGUGAUCUCAACAGUGAUGACUUUGAAUAUGAAGAUGAAGCAAAGCUUGUUAUAUUUCCUGAUCACUAUGAAAUCUCGUUACCCAACAUAGAAGAGUUACCAGCACUGAUGACAAUAGCUUGUGAUGCACUCCUCAGCUCUAAGUCACCCUACAGGAAACAAGAACCUGACUCCUGGGAAGAAGAGCUACAGGCAUCUAAACAUGCCAAAACACUUGUACAGUUAGAUAAUGGUGUUAGAAUUCCCCCCAGUGGUUGGAAGUGCUCAAAAUGUGACCUGCGUGAGAAUCUGUGGCUAAACCUGACGGACGGUUCAGUGCUGUGUGGCAAGUGGUUCUUUGAUGGCAGUGGGGGUAAUGGGCAUGCAAUGGAGCACUACAAGGAUACAGGUUAUCCCCUGGCAGUGAAGUUGGGAACCAUCACUCCUGAUGGAGCAGAUGUCUAUUCCUUUGAUGAGGAGGAGCCGGUUUUAGAUCCACAUAUAGCAAAACAUUUGGCACAUUUUGGAAUUGAUAUGCUGCAGAUGCAAGUGACAGAGAAUGGGCUAAGAGACAAUGAUAUAAAACCAAGAAUCUCUGAAUGGGAAGUGAUUCAGGAAGCUGGUGUGAAACUCAAGCCCAUGUAUGGCCCAGGAUACACUGGCAUGAAGAACCUGGGAAAUAGCUGCUACCUCAAUGCUGUCAUGCAGGCCAUUUUCAGCAUCCCAGAGUUCCAGCGAGCGUAUGUUGGAAACCUUCCACGAAUAUUUGACUACUCCCCUCUUGAUCCAACGCAAGACUUCAACACUCAGAUGGCUAAGCUGGGACACGGUCUCCUUUCAGGCCAGUACUCUAAGCCACCCAUGAAAUCUGAGCUUAUUGAGCAGGUGAUGAAAGAAGAACACAAGCCUCAACACAACGGAAUAUCUCCCCGAAUGUUUAAGGCUUUUAUAAGUAAAGGCCAUCCAGAAUUUUCCUCUAAUAGACAACAAGAUGCACAGGAAUUUUUCCUACAUCUUAUAAAUCUAGUAGAGAGGAACCCUGUAGGUUCAGAAAACCCCAGUGAUGUGUUCCGGUUCCUGGUGGAGGAACGCACACAGUGCUGCCAGUCCAGAAAGGUCCGCUACACAGAGAGGGUGGACUACAUCAUGCAGUUACCUGUGGCCAUGGAGGCAGCAACGAACAAAGAUGAAUUAAUUGCCUAUGAAUUGAAGCGGCGAGAAGCAGAAGCUGCAAGGACACCUCCACCAGAACUUGUCCGUGCCAAGAUCCCAUUUAGUGCAUGUCUGCAGGCCUUUUCUGAACCUAGCAAUGUAGAGGAUUUCUGGAGCAGUGCCCUUCAAGCAAAAUCUGCAGGAGUUAAGACUUCUCGUUUUGCUUCAUUUCCUGAGUACUUAGUGGUGCAGAUAAAGAAAUUCACUUUUGGCCUGGAUUGGAUACCCAAAAAGCUUGAUGUUUCUAUAGACAUGCCAGAUUUCCUAGAUAUCAGCCAUCUUAGGGCCAGGGGUCUCCAGCCAGGAGAAGAGGAACUUCCAGACAUAGCUCCUCCCAUUGUCAUUCCUGAUGACCCAAAAGAUCGGAUGACAAACCAUUUGAUGGAGUCUCUAGAUAUUGAUGAAUCUUCAGUUAUGCAACUGGCAGAGAUGGGUUUUCCUUUGGAAGCAUGUCGGAAAGCUGUGUAUUAUACGGGCAACCUGGGACCUGAAGUUGCUUUCAAUUGGAUCAUUGCACACAUGGAAGAACCAGACUUUGCAGAGCCAUUGGUCAUACCUGCAUUUGGAGAAGCUGCUUCCAGUGGAGCAGCUGCAUUUGGAGCUGUUGGACUAGAUAACCAACCUCCUGAAGAGAUGGUUGCAAUUAUAAUUUCAAUGGGCUUCCAAAGGAAUGUAGCAGUUCAAGCGCUGAAGGCAACAAACAGUAAUCUGGAGCGUGCACUAGAAUGGAUCUUCAGCCACCCAGAACUUGAGGAAGAAAAUGAACCGGCUUUGGACAUGAUGGAUAGGGAGAAUAAUGCUAAUGCCAAUAUCCUUGCAGAGACAGGGUUGGAGGGACCCAGGAUCAAAGAUGGGUCUGGAAGAUAUGAGCUGUUUGGGUUUAUCAGUCACAUGGGAACAUCCACAAUGAGUGGCCACUAUGUUUGUCAUCUCAAAAAAGAAGGAAGAUGGGUGAUCUACAAUGACCUUAAAGUCUGUGCCUCAGAACGACCCCCCAAAGACCUGGGCUACAUUUAUUUUUACCACAGGGUACCAAGUUAGGCCUCAAAUCUGUUCCCUGGCCUUAAGAAGCCAUAAGCCUUUUUAGCCUGCCCCCAAAAAG